AAGGUUUUACAAGAUGGAUUUUGAGGGUAUGACAAUUCCCCUACGGACUCGUUACUGGGUUGAAAUGGAAGCAUGUCCACACACAAGAUCACCAAAAUCUGCUUAACCUUUGCGCUUCUUAUACUAUUUAUCACAUUGCUAUAAACAGUGGAGUAAUUUGUAGUGAAUAGUUAAAGUGCCGUUUAAUUAUGUCGCAUUACAUCACAGCUGUAUGCGGUCGUGUUAUCUUUCCCCUGCAGUCGGUGGUGAGGACAGCAGAGUUCACGGAAGUUUCCUGUGAGAAAUCCAAACAUUCUCGCUGAACCUAUCACAACUUGCACAUCUCGCUCACACUGCCGCGGCUAGCGUCUCUAUCCAGCGACCUGCUACACCGCGCUUCAUCGGUUCUCAUUCUUAUUCAUAGGAAGUAACCUCCGGGCGGUAUCCAUGACAGUAGUUUCUUCAAUACUGGAUUAAACGACCAUGUAGCGGAAACUAUUUACUUGGUCCGUGUAUAGUAAUGCGCGGUUUCUACUGUAAGAAGACAAACGAGAUUAGCUGUCUGUCGUUGCUAUGGAGAGCCUGCGCCUAUCGGGCCGGGACGGGUAGGCCCGAGCAACGCCUGCGUGUUGGAGUAGCGCCUGAGACCAGAGGAGGGAACGCCGAGAGCGGAUUACUCACAAUAACGAGUACUACACUUGCACCACAGGAGUGAAUUAUUAGGAGAGGUUCGCUGAUGUUCCCAACAUGAGGAUCGCUGUUUUUAGGUUUCCCUAAAACUGCUCUAUGGGGAUAAAGAAGUUGAAUAAUUUAAAGUGUAUUAUUUGAGAUUGGACGAUUGUGAGAACUAGGGAACAUGCCUCCAAGGCCAUCAUCUGGAGAAUUAUGGGGCAUCCAUUUGAUGCCCCCCAGGAUUUUGGUGGACUGUCUGCUGCCCAAUGGCAUGAUCCUGACCCUGGAGUGCCUCCGUGAGGCCACACUUGUCACCAUCAAGCAUGAACUGUUUAAGGAAGCACGAAAGUUCCCGCUCCAUCACCUGUUGCAAGAGGAAGCCUCAUACAUCUUCGUCAGUGUAACACAGGAAGCCGAGCGGGAAGAGUUUUACGACGAGACCAGGAGACUCUGUGACCUUAGGCUUUUCCAGCCUUUCUUAAAAGUCAUUGAACCUGUGGGCAACAGAGAGGAGAAAAUUCUCAACCGGGAAAUUGGUUUUGCAAUUGGCAUGCCGGUGUGCGAGUUUGAUCUAGUGAAGGAUCCUGAAGUGCAGGACUUCAGGCGAAAUAUACUAAAUGUCUGCAAAGACUCAGUAGAACUCAGAGAUGCCAAUGGGCCGCAUAGUCGUGCGUUAUAUGUUUACCCUCCCAACGUGGAGUCUUCACCAGAGCUUCCAAAGCACAUUUUUGGCAAAUUAGACAAAGGUCAGAUUAUCGUGGUCAUUUGGGUUAUUGUGUCGCCCAACAAUGACAAGCAGAAGUACACGUUGAAGAUCAACCACGACUGUGUCCCUGAGCAGGUGAUCGCAGAAGCCAUCAGGAAAAAGACGCGCAGCAUGCUGUUGUCUCCCGAGCAGCUGAAGAUGUGUGUGCAGGAAUACCAGGGCAAGUACAUCCUCAAAGUGUGUGGCUGUGACGAGUACCUGCUGGAAAAGUACCCUAUCAGUCAAUAUAAGUAUGUGAGGAGUUGCAUUAUGCUGGGCCGAAUGCCAAACUUAAUGCUGAUGUCAAAGGAUAGCUUAUACUCUCAGUUGCCCAUGGACACGUUCACCAUGCCCUCGUAUUCGCGCCGCAUCUCCACAGCCACACCAUACAUGAAUGGGGAAGCCUCCAGCAAAUCCCUGUGGACCAUCAACAGCAACCUGAGGAUACGUGUGCUCUGUGCAACAUACGUCAAUGUAAACAUCCGGGACAUUGAUAAGAUUUAUGUCCGGACAGGGAUCUACCAUGGUGGAGAGCAGUUAUGUGACAAUGUCAACACGCAACGCGUGCCCUGUUCAAACCCAAGGUGGAAUGAGUGGCUUAUGUAUGACAUGUACAUUCAUGACAUUCCCCGAGCUGCUCGUCUUUGCCUGUCCAUCUGCUCUGUGAAGGGGAGGAAGGGAGCAAAAGAGGAACACUGUCCGCUGGCUUGGGGAAAUGUAAACCUCUUUGACUACACACACACCCUGGUCUCUGGGAAAAUGGCACUGAACCUGUGGCCGGUGCCACACGGCCUAGAGGAUCUGCUAAACCCCAUCGGUGUCACAGGCUCCAACCCCAACAAGGAAACCCCAUGUCUGGAAUUAGAAUUUGACUACUUCAGCUGUCCUGUGAAAUUCCCGGACAUGACCACAAUAGAAGAUCAUGCUAAUAAGAUCAUGUCCAGAGAGAUGGGAUACAAUUACUUUCAAUCUGGACAGAGCAGCAGACAGGCUCGAGACCAUCACAUAAUGGAAGGUGAUAUUGAGCAGCUGCGACAAGUAGCAAACAGAGAUCCACUUUCUGAGAUCACUGAGCAGGAAAAGGACUUCCUGUGGAGACACAGGCAGUAUUGUAAAAAUAUACCAGAGAUUCUUCCCAAGAUUCUCCUUGCUGUAAAGUGGAACUCCAGAGAUGAAGUUGCACAGAUGUAUUGCCUUCUUAAAGACUGGCCCGCAAUAAAACCAGAACAAGCCAUGGAGUUGCUUGACUGCAACUAUCCAGAUCCGAUGAUAAGAGAAUUUGCAGUACGGUGCCUUGAGAAAUAUUUGACCGAUGAUAAACUCUCCCAGUACCUUAUUCAGUUGGUCCAGGUUUUGAAGUAUGAGCAGUAUCUCGAUAACCCCUUGGUGCGAUUUCUGCUGAAGAGGGCCCUGACCAACCAGAGGAUUGGACAUUUCUUUUUUUGGCAUUUGAAGUCAGAGAUGCACAACAAGACGGUGAGUCAGCGUUUCGGCCUGCUGUUGGAGUCUUACUGCCGUGCCUGCGGUAUGUAUCUGAAGCACUUGGGCAGACAGGUGGAGGCCAUGGAGAAACUCAUCAACCUUACAGACAUACUCAAGCAGGAGAAGAAGGAUGAGACUCAGAAGGUGCAGAUGAAGUUUCUGGUGGAGCAGAUGAGGAGGCCGGAUUAUAUGGAUGCCCUCCAAAACUUCACCUCUCCAUUGAAUCCAGCCCACCAGUUAGGCAACCUACGGCUUGAAGAAUGCAGAAUCAUGUCAUCAGCCAAGAGGCCACUGUGGCUUAACUGGGAAAACCCUGAUAUCAUGUCAGAGCUUCUCUUCCAGAAUAAUGAGAUCAUCUUUAAGAAUGGGGAUGACCUGAGGCAAGAUAUGCUGACACUUCAAAUCAUUAAAAUAAUGGAGAACAUCUGGCAGAACCAGGGGUUAGACCUCAGAAUGCUUCCCUAUGGCUGCCUGUCCAUCGGAGACUGUGUGGGUCUUAUUGAAGUUGUGAGGAGUUCUCAUACCAUCAUGCAAAUCCAGUGUAAAGGAGGUCUCAAAGGGGCAUUGCAGUUCAACAGCUCCACCCUGCACCAGUGGCUGAAGGACAAGAACAAGGGCGAGACGUAUGACAUGGCCAUUGACCUGUUCACGCGAUCCUGUGCUGGUUAUUGUGUGGCCACUUUUAUUCUGGGCAUUGGUGACCGACACAACAGUAACAUCAUGGUGAAGGACGAUGGACAGCUGUUUCACAUAGAUUUUGGCCACUUCCUGGAUCAUAAAAAGAAGAAGUUUGGCUACAAGAGAGAGCGAGUUCCAUUUGUCUUAACUCAAGACUUCUUGAUUGUGAUUAGCAAAGGAGGAACUCAAGAAUGCACUAAAACGAGGGAGUUUGAGAGGUUCCAGGAGAUGUGCUACAAGGCAUACCUGGCUAUCCGACAGCACGCAAACCUCUUUAUCAAUCUGUUCUCAAUGAUGCUGGGCUCCGGAAUGCCAGAGUUGCAGUCAUUUGAUGACAUUGCCUACAUCCGCAAAACCCUGGCACUAGAUAAGACUGAGCAGGAGGCUUUGGACUACUUCAUGAAGCAGAUGAACGAUGCUCACCAUGGCGGAUGGACCACAAAGAUGGACUGGAUCUUCCACACCAUUCGACACCACGCCCAGAACUGAACUGGAGUAGGACUCAGCCCAUAUGAAAGGUGCUCGAGCUAGAACAGGACUCCUUGCCCAGAAACUACUGGUUUAUCUUUACUAGUAGAAACAUGGCAGCCAGACCUCAAAGUGGGGUAAAAUGUACCCCCAACUGACCUUCAGAGCACUAAACAAUCCAAAAUAUUCGUCUUCUGUUUCAAUCUCCUUUUUUGGUAUCCAUACAGAAGAGUACUAACCCUAAUCUUUGUCCAGAAUGGUUGUACAUGGUUGCCUGUAGUUUUGUACUGAUGAUUUUUUUUUGUGGUUUGUUCUUGCUGCUCUUUUCCUGGAGAGACCAUGGUUCUUUUAUUUUAUUUUAUUUUAUUUUAUUUUAUUUUAUUUAAAUUUUUCUUUUGAGAAAAAAACAAAAAACGAAGUCAACAGGAAGCGUUCUUUACAUUUAGGGCGCUCUUUGGAUUACUCAUGUCUUCCUCCAAGUACAAAUGCCUUUAAAUAUGCAUGGAACCUCUGAGGAACUCUAAACAGGGUAGAAAUUUUGUCUGUCGGUGUGUGUCCUGACGGAUGGUUUUUGUAGCAAAUGUAGACAAGUUGACAUUUCCCAUAGUCUUGCAUAAACACUUGGCCCUUCGAAGCUAUUGCCCUUGAUCACUACAAAAGUUUUUGUUUAUGCUUCUCCACCUCCUUCACUACCAUUGAUUAGUGGUAGCUAAAGUCAAUUUGGUGUUUGGAUAGGAGGUAUCAUUUAUUUUGCCCUAGGUAUGAAUUUAGAGGUGGAAUAUUUAGCCUCGUCACACAUAAAAUGACAGUCUUUGAACACUAACUGAAAUGAAACAUUGUGCAACUGGUCCAAAGGCUACACAGUGGCCCUCACUGAUCACACAAUUUCAUUGCUUCGUUAUGAUCACAGAGAAGCAACUACAAAGAAACAUAAUGGGACUCAACAUAGGAAAAAGCAAACAUACUUCAAAUCAAAGUUCCUUAUUCUUUUUCAGUGUGACAGUUAAGUAGAAUUUCCCCUGCAUAUCUUUUUAGACCAGCACAGGUGAAGAAAAGCGAUUGAGAUGAAGCCUUAAUGGAACUUGAUGCUUUGUGGCUGAAUGCACAGUCCUCCCUCACGUGUACUGCAUGCAACAGUAGAGGGUAACUUGGUGCUUAGUAAAACUAGUUUAGUGAACACUUUACCUUCAGAGCACUUGCUCUAUUUUCCAUUAAUGAUAACCGGGCAGGUUCAUUUAUUGACUGCAAUUAUCCUCACUUGCAUUGUGUUGGAUAACUGCUAUAUGGUUCUGUAAGAAAUAAAGAAUGGUGCUAAAUAGAUUCCACUGUAUAGAAAGGGAAUAAACUCUGGAUGAAAUGGAUUUUUAAUGUUUAAAAUGCUUUGAACUCUGAGAAUGGUUCAGCCAUUGACAUACGUUUUACCUUUAACCCUAUAAUUACACUCUACAGUGGUACAUGUCUGUAUUGUAUAUAUCUUCAACACACCCUUUGAUGCUUCUAAUAUCCUCAUUGCUUUUGUCCAGUACACAGAUGUGGUGAGGAUCUGCCGGGUGUGCUGUCUGCAGUUUACUUGUAAGGGUUAUAAAAAUAACCCAUUCAUAUGCUUUAAAAGAUGUAACAGUGGCAAAUCCUGUACAAAAUCUAUCAGAGCUGUUUUGAGAAACUGCAGAUAUGCAUUUCACCAGAGCAGCUUCAGCUUUGUGCAUAAAACUUAUAUGAGAGGGGAAAAAGAAUCAGGAGUGGCACUUAUUUUUGGUUAAAACAACAAGUACUCUGAAGUGCAUCCAAUUAACAAUAUACCUUGUGGAAUCAUGUCCAUAACGAAUUGAUUUUGCAUGACCAAAUGCUGAGGUUCAACCAUUAAAGCCAAACCAACUAACCUCCAAAUUAAUGAUAUUGUAUACGUCCACGAUAAUUUUUCUUUGGAUUUGUGUUUGAACCACAAUGACUCCUCAUACCUACCUGGUAAUCCAACCUCUGUGGUUGUGGAGAAAGCCUGUUGUGUUUUUGCAUUACGUUUAAGCUGUGAAAAUGUAAAGAUUACAAAUGAGGUGCAAUCGUACUAUCUGUAUGGAUGUGUGUCUGCUGAUGGGAAGACUAGCUUGUGCUUGAGAAUUUAUUCAAAACUUCACUACUUACUAGAAGCUUCUGGGUUUUUUUUUUUGUUUUUUUUUUUUUGUUUUUAGUUUUUUUUUUAACUGUUAAUUCAAGCCAAAGUUCUAUAUAUGUAAUGUUGUUCACCUGCAUAACCACCUGAAGCAUUUAAAGGGCCAGUCCUGGACAGCUCAAUGUUUUAAUGAAGUUAGAGCUAUAUCAUAAAGUCUGAAGGACACUUUUUUUUUUAUUUUUACUGUCACAGAAGUAUAGUGCUAACGUGAGAAAUUUCUACCCAUCAAAUUUGAGAUGAGGCCAAACAAUCUGCCUUUUUGCUAAAUGCAAAGACCACAGUCAUGUUUUUAUUUCUUCCUGCAUUCUGUAAAUGUGUGUGUGUGUGU